CGGGCUGCACGCUGGCUGGUUCAUUGCACGGGGAAAGUCAAGCGCGUGCGCCGCGCGGAUUCUUUCCCGCGUUUAUUUACGUCAAAUUCGAAAACGAAUUCGAAAUUUAAAAUUUUAAAACUUGAACGAAAAUGUGACGUCAUUUUGAGAAUGAUGAAACCAAAAUAUUCUAAAGUGGAUGUUAUAAUGCAUUUGACGGUUUUUGUAAACAAAGCAUGGCAGAAUGUGAUAAUGAUAAGGCUAAGAACUUUUUAUGCGGGUUUGAUCAUGUGUUUUGUGCCAUUAGUGAUGUGUAAUCCAGAUCGAAGAAGCCAUUUAACAUUCGACACGAUAUACAACAACACAGAAUACGCCCAGAUUCGCCCGGGGCGGCCAUACCAAACACUUAACUUAAGUUUUCUUGAACCAAAUAAUAAUGUAAAAACUAGAGUACCCACAAAUAGAUAUAAGGAAUUCGAGAAUAAUAAUAAUGUGUUAGAUUACGGGGAUGAGGAUUAUUAUAAGAAAGGACAUCCGAGUAGUCACAGUGGUCAACUGCUGGUGGGGUUCUCGUCAGACCCUUACAGAUAUUCCAUCCCUGAAGCGGAAUAUAUGAAGGGCGUUAGGUCCUACCAGCCACAAAGCUCAGUCCACGACAUGAAGAGUGACCGCGGCAAGCGAGGCGUGGGACACCUCUACAACAUGAUCUCGUGCGCGACCGGCUGCGACCCGCUCUCGUACAAAGGCUACGGCUGCUACUGCGGCUUCCUGGGCGCUGGGCGGACCACUGACGGCAUUGAUAGAUGCUGCAAGAUGCACGACAAAUGCUACGAGAACCUCUACUGUCCGUUCUUCACGGUGUACUUCCAGCCGUACUACUGGAAGUGCUACCACGGGGAGCCGCUGUGUGCGCUGGAGAACCACGAGACCCGGCACCAGCUCAUCAACGGGUGCGCGGGCCAGCUCUGCGAGUGUGACAGGCUGCUUGCCAUGUGUCUGCGGCAGUACCGGUGCCCGAAGCGACGGGCGCUUUGCAGGUCCUCGCCGUUGAGGCUGCUGCAGAAUAUUCUGAUGUCGAAAUGAUGAUUAAAUUUUUUAGGCUAGUGA